GCUGUUGUUUUCGUGGUGUUUUAUGAUAAAUAACAAAUAAUUAGAAAAUUAUUGCGAAAUUAUAAUCAAAUAAACGCGAUGAUCAGCAAUAUUUUUAACUAGUGCAAUUAUAAUUGUUUUAAUUAACAAGGGACUCCAAAUUUGGUCACGUUUAAGAAAGCUAACUUUGUGCAAUCUACCUGCAUCGUCGGGCAUAUUUUCGUAAAUAAUUAUUGUGACUCGUCGAAUAUCUUUUUGUUUUAAAUGAUACUUUGUGAUGCGUAAAAUGUUCGCUUGCUUUUGACUUUGCUUUAUUGAGCCGAGUAUUUGGAUUAUUAUUGAUCUAAUGACUUGACGUGCGCCUCACAAUGACGUCGUUCGCAAAUAUGACGCAGUCGCUGGCGGCGAGCCUGCCCGCAACAUCCACAUCGGCCACGGGAACCAGCCACAAUCCCAACGAGUCUGAGGGUCCCGUUGCGAUGUCGCAGAUCAUCUGCAAUCUCAUCGAGAACAUGAACAAACCACCAAGUCUGCAAACUGCGGGCAACCCAUCGUCUAUGCCGUAUGACAUCUGGGCAUUACCCUCUUGCUCGCUACAGAACGCCACUAUACCUAGUAUCCGUGAGUACAACUCUAUUUCUAAUAAUAACAAUCAAAACCAUUCUAAAGAAGACAACUCAAGCGGAUCCCCAGGCACUUCUUCCUCUGUCUCGAUCACUUGCUUCCGCUGUGAAGAACGCACACCGACCAUGCGUUGUCUGGAAUGUAAUGAUCUUUAUUGUCACGAGUGUUGUCAUAAAGUAACCUCAGAUUGCCAGUUGAGAGAGCAUACAUUACUUCCUAUCCACCAAAUCUCACCAAUAGGCGCUAGACCUAACUCUGUCACUAAUGACAAAGAAGUUAUGUAUUGUGAAUUGCACGGUGACCCCGUCAGAUUCUACUGCGAAGCGUGUAUAAUAUUUAUCUGCCAAGAAUGUACUUUAUGGGUACAUAAAGAUCACUGUUAUUCGCCAAUCAAAGGUGCGCUAGAUGUGUGUAGAAUCGGUGUUUUUCGAGCAAUAGAAGACACCAAAACCGGGACAAAAGCUAUUAAAACUGCAAUAGAUCGUGCUGUUGCCAUGUCAAAAGCGUAUGAAAAGGAAACCGCUGAAGCUAAUAUGAAAAUACGAAAAGCUAUGCGAUGUUUUGCGCAAGCAAUUGAAGAUCGUGAAAAGUAUCUAUUAGAUAAAGUAGAAAAAAUGCGUCAAUCCAAGUUGAAUGACUUAACUGACCAUAUGAACACCCUUCGUGGUAUUUUAGCUGGAUUGGCGCAUACCAAUGAGACUUUGGUACGCAGUAUGGACUCUGAAGGCCUUGAUUUAUUUAUGGCCAAGGAAAAGGGAAGAGCCCAAGUAGAUUAUUUCUCAUGUAUGUUUAAGAAUAUGUAUGUAACUGAAGAGCGUAUUAUGUUUAUACCGCCCAACUAUGAUUUAGUCGAUCAGAUAAAGAGACAGUGUGAUGUCCAAUCUGCUCCUGCAAAUGCAAUGCAUACAUUGAGUUCAUCUUCGUCUCUUCAAUCAAGACAGUCUUUGCUACAUUCAUUGCAGUCGGCCCAAACGUUUUCGCCGUUGUCUUAUCAAAUGUCUUCUACCAGUAGCUUAAGAUCAUUACCAGAAUAUACGAACCCAACAAGAUCUACUAACUAUUACGAUCACAGUAUCUCUUCUAGUAUAGCUAUGGAUGCAAACUCGGCUCGUGGUAUUGGUCAAGCAAUACCGGGAUACUGGAUGUCAGUAUCGGUGAAGCCUACUAGAAGUCCGGUCUCUGGCGUCCCAAUGUUUUCGUUUGGCAGAGAAGGUCAGGAUGAAGGACAGGUUUCUAGACCAUGGGGUUUGUGUGUAGAUCGGGAAGGAAACAUAAUAGUUGCAGACCGAAGAAAUAAUCGCAUACAAAUAUUUAACGGUCGCGGGGAAUUUAGAACAAUGUUUGGUUCUAAAGGAACAGGACCUGGAGAGUUCGAUCUUCCUGCUGGCAUAACGACGGAUACUUAUGGACGUAUAAUUGUUAUUGACAAAGACAAUCACAGGGUUCAAAUAUUCACAUCGUCUGGUAAUUUUAUCUUAAAGUUUGGUUCCUUCGGAAAGGAAUGUGGUCAGUUCCAAUACCCUUGGGAUGUAGCUGUAAAUACUUUAGGUAAUAUUGUAGUAACAGACACUCGUAAUCAUCGUAUUCAAUUAUUUACUAGUGAUGGUACUUAUAUAACCAAAUUUAUUUUUGAAGGAGCUAAUCCUGCAAAAAUGCUCAAAGGACCGACGACUCCUCGAGGUGUGUGUUUUACUACUUCUGGAAACAUAAUUAUAUCUGAUUUUGAGAAUCAUCGCUUGCUCAUGGUAGAUCCCACCCUUUCGAAGGUUUUACAUUGUGUGGGACGCGAAGGGUCAGGAAUCGGUGAACUCAAUCGGCCGUCGGGAAUCGUGACUGAUGAUGACGGACGAAUUAUUGUGGCAGAUUCAAAAAACCACCGUGUCCUUGUUUUUACAUCUGAGUUGCGUAUUUUAUGGGCUGUAGACUUAAAGAGUCCUGGCCUGGAUGACAAAGAUCGACCGAGCGAUGUAGCUCUUACUCCCGAAGGGUUCCUUGUAGUAUUGUUUGAAACCUUACCUGACACCGCCCGCGAUAUCACAUCUCACGGCAAACAAUAUAUUAAAGUUUAUUGAUCCGGAACAAUAUGUUUAGUGUAUUGACAAAUGUAAAACGCCAAGUGAAACUAACGACUUGGGCCGAAGGUCCAUAAAAUUUUAUGUUUGUUUUGUUUAAUUUGUGAUUACUUUCAUAAUGUGCCAAUUUUAUUAUUAAUGUUUGAAAUCUGAAUCGAGCCUAGCUUGUACGGAGGAUUUUUAUUUGUCAUAACAUUGUGUUAGUGCAAAUUUAAUUCUCCUUAAAUUAAAAACUUUUGUUACCAUAUUAUUUUUGAUUUCAGUUUCAUGUGGAACUAGUCUUUAAAGACCAAACUUUGUUUGCAGUGUUAUUUUACACAGUAAUUUUGCGCCACUUACGAAAGCUAAAACGUUUCAAUAGAAACUAAAAUCAAACAAUCUAUACAGUGAACCACGAUUGUGCGAAACUUUGAGUUUAGUUUUAUGCAUUGCAUGAACAAAAAGUAUAAAGCGUCAAAAUUAUUAGCGAUAAAAGAUCACAUUGUGAUUUAAAAGAUGUUUUUAUGUGAGAUAAUUUAAAAACUAACUUGAAAAGUAUUUUUUUCAAAUGUUACUUUUGCGUUUUUUAACUUGGUUAAAUAAUUAUUUGAAUAAUGCACACGUUGAGACGUAUUCUUAUAUUAAGUU